GCCAUAUUUUGCUAACGUUUAUUUGUAAAUGUGAGUUCGUUUCAUUAGGUAUUGUGACAAUUUUAAACCAGCAAAAAUGUUUCGCAGGACCCGAGUCAGAAUGCAAAGAGCUGUUCGUGGUGCUAUUCGACGAGCACUUAGAAUUAUUAGAAUAGAAACAGCACCACCGUAUAUAGAAGUGAGACCUGCCGUCGUAAUAAGACAUCCAUUCAACUACCAUAACCUGAUAAAAUUACUGAGAACUUCUUCGCCUGAUAUUACACUCUUGAGCGAAGAGACGGUGUUUGAUAGAGACCCCACCGUGCAUCCACAUAUGUACUUCUUGCGAGUCCAGUUGGCCGAAAUGGUUGGUCACCAACGAACGGUUAAAACUCUGGACGUAGUGGCAAAAGUGUUGGGGGUUAUACCCCCAGACAAUUUGGAGAAGACAAAUAUUUGCCUCAAAAUGGAAAAGGAAAUUAGGAUGUAUUUAAAUGUGGUGCAAAAAUAUGACGUGUCUCAAAUGUCAUGGAUUUCUUUGGAUCAUAAAUAUUCCGAUCUUUUCCCUCUUUGUUAUGGAUGCGCUAUCAGUUUAGAAAAUAACGCGGCUACAAGAGCUGAUCAUACAGCAGCCAUCUUGCUACAGAACUUAGAUCCCUUGGGAUUUGAGAAGUUGAGGGAACCUUGUAACUACGAGAUUGCUGCACUGAUAAUCAAACGUUUGGCUCUAUUCCAUGCGACCCCUAUAGCAACGGCCAUGCAUACAAGUAGUCGUUAUCUAUCAAGACAAGAAAAUCGGUUGAGCAGACAAAGUCGUUUUGAUCGUGGACACGUCGUUGAAGAACUUAAGAAAAUAGGUUUGGUCAUUACGCCCGACUCAGAUAUGUAUCGUUAUAUGGGGGUAAUUGAUUACCACUUGCAAAGGUAUGCCAACCAUACUCAUGGAGCUUAUGCUCCCGAAGUUCGGUCAUGGACUACCAUAGCCCACUCUAAAUGUUCCCUACGGAAUAUAAUGUACAAACCUGCAGGUAAUAACAGCUCUGCCGACUUAAAAUUUUUGGACACUGGAUAUAUGGAAUUGGAUUCCUGUGCUUCUGAUUUAGCAGUUUUCAUGUUGACAAGUAUGACUGCAGAAGUUUUAGAAAAUUCUUUUGAUGAUCUUUUAAACAUAUACCACACGGAAUUUUCUCGUUGCAUGUCGCUUGCUUAUAUUGAACUUCGAGAGCAUACUUUUGAGAGUUUUCUAACUGAGUUUGAAAAUAGGGUCGUGUGCAAUAUAGGUGCAAUUGUAUUCGAAAUAGGCCACCUUCAUUUUGACAACAUUGAAGGACUGCACAAUAUAUUCGGCAUGUCUUAUAGAGCUAAAAUUGAUUAUAUUAUUCGGUUUAUGGUGAGGAAAAAUUGGAUUAAGAUAUGAAUAUUGUUGAAGGCAAAGCUAUUUAUUAUUAACAAUAUUAUAUUGCCAAAGUCCUAUAUUACUCACAAAUCCAUGUAAUGUAGUAACAUAGAAGGAAUAUAAUAUAAGGAAAAUAAUGUACAAACUUGCAGAACAUAAAGGACCAGACAGCGUAAAUCUUUUAAAUACUGGAUAUAUGGAAUUUGAUUUAUGGGCUUAUGAUUUAGCGUUUUUCAUGCCUACAACUACAAUUGCAGAAGUUUUAUAUUAUUAUUUUGAUAAUCUGUUGAUCAUGUACUACAGGCAAUUUUUUCAUUGCAUGCCGCCUGCUUUAUUGACCUUAAAAUGCAUACAUAUGCAAGUUUUCUAACUGAGUUUGGAGGAAGGGCCAUGUGCAAUAUAAUAGGUGCUGUGAAAUUUUAUUUUAAAAAUGUAUUUUGACAACAUUGAAGGAAGGCACAAUAUGUUGGGAAUGUUUUAUACAGCUGAAAUCGAUCAUGUCAUUAGGUUAAUGGUAUCGAAAAACAUUAUUGAAAUAUAAAUAUUGUUUAAGGCGGUGUUAUUUAUUAACAAUAUUAUAUUAACCUUGUAUAUUACUCACAAAUUCAUGUAAUGCAGUAAAAUAGAAGGAAUAUAAUAUUUUUCAACAUUUUUAAAACGUACUACGAAUACUUCGUCACUUUAUGAUAUAUGAAACAUUGUAUGAUAUAAUUUUAAUGUGCUCUGUUGAAUUUUGAAAUAUUUUUAAAUAAAGCAAUAUUUUUUAA